AUGUGUGGCAAUCGGAUGCUUAGGAGCCGAGGACUGGGUCCGUGCUACUUCUCAGAGCGAGUAAGGCAGAAGUUCGGGACUAGGCCUUGGGUCCACAUUGUCCUCUUGGGACUCAGGAGUCAGCGGAACUUCAUCUGCUCUGAGCAGGACGGUCAGCCAGAGAAGAUCCAUCUCUUCUGCAAGAGACUCCUCCACGCCGUCCUCAGACUCGGAGCCAGAGACCGGUAUCAGAUGUGUCCAAUGCUGUCGUGGAGGAGGACGAGGAGGAUAAUGGUGAUGAAGAAGGUGGGUCGGGUCCAUUCCACAUUGAACCGAUCCCAGUCACAAGGGAAGAUCUUGAUCCCAAUCAAAGCCAGUCUGCCUAUAGUCCCGUUGACCUUGAACCUUACUUACCUGAAGAAGUGA